ACAGUCUGUCAGGUCCCUCAGAGUGUACAUAAGCUCAGUCAGUCAGAGAGGAGAGAGGGAACGCCAGAGGGAGAGGGGGAGAGGGGAUCUGUUGCAGGCAGGGGAAGGCGUGACCUGAAUGGAGAAUGCCAGCCAAUUCCAGAGACACACAGGGACCUCAGAACAAAGAUAAGGCAUCGCUGACACCACACCGGGGACUGAGAGGAGCUCACAGACAAGUCGGGCAGAGGGACCAAAGCCAGGAGCACACCAGGCAGGAAAAAUGAGGUUCCUGUCUUUCAGGCGGCUCCUUCUCUACCAUGCUCUGUGCCUCGCCCUGUCAGAGGUUUCAGCCCAUACCGUGGAGCUGAAUGAAAUGUUUGGACAGAUCCAGUCACCUGGCUAUCCAGAUUCCUACCCAAGUGACUCUGAGGUGACGUGGAAUAUCACUGUCCCGGAGGGGUUUCGGAUCAAGCUUUACUUCAUGCACUUCAACUUGGAAUCCUCCUAUCUUUGUGAAUAUGACUAUGUGAAGGUAGAAACAGAAGACCAGGUACUGGCAACCUUUUGUGGCAGGGAGACCACUGAUACCGAGCAGACCCCCGGACAGGAAGUGGUUCUUUCACCUGGCUCCUUUAUGUCCGUCACUUUCCGGUCAGAUUUCUCCAAUGAGGAACGAUUUACAGGCUUUGAUGCCCACUACAUGGCUGUAGAUGUGGAUGAGUGCAAGGAGAGGGAAGAUGAGGAGCUGUCCUGUGACCACUACUGCCACAACUACAUUGGCGGCUACUACUGCUCCUGCCGCUUUGGCUACAUCCUCCACACAGACAACAGGACCUGCCGAGUGGAAUGCAGUGGCAAUCUCUUUACACAGAGGACAGGCACAAUUACCAGCCCAGAUUACCCCAACCCUUACCCCAAGAGCUCUGAAUGUUCCUAUACCAUUGAUCUGGAGGAGGGCUUCAUGAUCAGCCUGCAGUUUGAGGACAUUUUUGACAUUGAAGACCACCCUGAGGUGCCCUGCCCCUAUGAUUUCAUUAAGAUUAAAGCGGGUUCAAAAGUAUGGGGGCCCAUCUGUGGAGAGAAAUCCCCAGAACCAAUCAACACCCAGAGUCACAGCGUCCAGAUCCUAUUCCGCAGUGACAACUCAGGAGAGAACCGAGGCUGGAGGCUCUCCUACAGGGCAGCAGGAAACGAAUGCCCAAAGCUACAGCCUCCUGCGUAUGGGAAAAUCGAGCCCUCGCAGGCCGUGUAUUCCUUCAAAGACCAAGUGCUCGUCAGCUGUGACACAGGCUACAAAGUGCUAAAGGAUAACGAGGUGAUGGACACAUUCCAAAUUGAGUGUCUGAAGGACGGUGCAUGGAGUAACAAGAUCCCCACCUGUAAAAUUGUAGACUGUGGGGUUCCAGCAGGACUGAAACAUGGGCUGGUGACCUUCUCCACAAGAAACAACCUCACCACAUACAAAUCCGAGAUAAGGUACUCCUGCCAGCAGCCUUAUUACAAGAUGCUUCACAAUACCACAGGUGUGUAUACGUGUUCUGCUCAUGGGACCUGGACGAACGAAGUGCUCAAGCGAAGCCUGCCCACCUGCCUUCCAGUGUGUGGUCUCCCCAAGUUCUCUCGGAAGCAGAUCUCCAGGAUCUUCAAUGGACAACCAGCCCAGAAGGGUACCACUCCAUGGAUUGCCAUGCUGUCACAACUGAAUGGACAACCCUUCUGUGGGGGUAGCCUUUUAGGUUCUGACUGGGUUUUGACAGCUGCUCACUGCCUCCACUAUCCACUUGAUCCAGAAGAGCCAACACUACACAGCUCACACUUGCUCAGUCCUUCUGACUUCAAAAUCAUCAUGGGAAAGCACUGGAGACGCCGCUCAGAUGAAGAUGAACAGCAUCUCCGUGUAAAGCGCAUCAUGCUCCACCCACUGUACGACCCCAGCACAUUUGAGAAUGACCUGGGUCUGGUUGAACUGUCAGAGAGCCCAAGGCUGAACGACCUUGUGAUGCCUGUCUGUCUGCCGGAGCACCCUUCCACUGAAGGAACCAUGGUCAUCGUCAGCGGCUGGGGGAAGCAGUUCUUACAGAGGUUUCCAGAGAACCUGAUGGAGAUUGAAAUCCCAAUUGUAAACCAUGACACCUGCCAGGAGGCCUAUAUCCCAUUGAGGAAGAAAGUGACCAAGGACAUGAUCUGUGCAGGAGAAAAGGAAGGGGGGAAAGAUGCCUGUGCUGGUGACUCUGGGGGCCCUAUGGUGACCAAAGAUGCAGAGAGAGAUCAAUGGUACCUGGUGGGCGUGGUGUCCUGGGGUGAAGAUUGCGGAAAAAAGGAUCGCUAUGGAGUUUAUUCUUACAUCUAUCCCAACAAGGAUUGGAUCCAGAGGGUUACUGGGGUGAGAAACUGAGUUCAAAUCCCAACCCAACAACUGCUCUACAGUCAGUCACCAACAGAAGAUCAGAAAAUGCAAGCAAACUUUCCUCCCCAGUCCUCGGUCUUCACUGCUCAUUCCUGGGUGAUACUGGGGUUUGUUGAGUCCCACUUCCCUGCUCUUUAUAGAGGCAGAAUACCAGAGCUGGUCAGAGCAGGCCGGAUCCAGGCUCCAUCACUUACAAUUUUCGUAAUGACGGACAGCUGACUGACUCUUUGAGCCUGUUCUUCAACCAUGAGAAGCAAGUGCCAGACCUUACCUACCUCACAAAAGCAUGUUGAAGAGAAAGUUAAUAUAUACAUAGUACUUACCUGUUGUUUGACCUAAACUAUGUUUUCUAAAAAUGUGACUGGCAAAAAAAACAUCUGUGCCCACAAGGCAGGUAGAGGUCCCUUAUAAACUCUUGGUAGGGUCCUAGGGGUGACUAAUGCCACCCCUCCACUCACCCUCAGCCAUUGCUUUAAUCUGCCCCCUGAAGUCUAAGCGUCUUCACCAAAUACCAUCCUCCCAAGCCCAGCCCCAGCCCCCAUAAACAUGUAAAAGAAAUAAAGUUCUUAGUCCUGUGGCAUGACCCCAG